AGUUGCUAUAUAAAUUACAGUUAACAUGUCCUAUACUAUGGAACUAGUGCUUUUCAGUUUUUCCAUUCUUAUGACAGAUAGGAUGGCUAGAAAGGGCUAGAGUUGAUUAUUUUCCUUCUUCCAUGUUUAGGCUCUGAUAAAACCACAGUCAGUUAAGUUCUGGAAAAAUAGUUUUUCUUAGAGCAGAACUGGUUAAGUAUAUUAUCUGGCAUAUUUCAAAGUGAUUUAUUUUUCUCCCCCUUUACCUGAAGAAUUUUCUUUGACCUUUACUUUAAGGAGUUGAUAGAGAUCCUGAAGAUAAAGCACAUGAAAGCUUUUUUCCAAGUCCUCCAUUUCCCAUGACAUGAUCAUCUGGAUUAUUUAUUUAUUUAUUUAUUUAUGAGGCAGAGAGAGGUUGCUCCUAUUCACUAGUUCACUCCCCUGAUGCCUGCAUUGGUAAGGCUUAGCUGGGCCAAAGUGGAAAGUUGGAGACUCAAGCCAGUCCUCCAACAUGGGUGGCAAGAGUCCAACCGCUUGAGCUAUCACCAUGCCUUCCCAGGAUCUACGAUAGCAGAAAGCUGGAGUCAGCAUGCAGGGGUGGGUAUCAAUUCCAGAAUGGGACAUGGGUAUUCCAGUUAAUAUUUUAAACAGCAAGCCAAAUGCCUGCCUACUGUCCUGUCUGCCCCCACUGCCAAAACCCAGAGUUCUUAGGUCCCAAUGCUUGUUCCGUCUGAAUCUCUAGAAAUCCAUCAAAUAUAUCUCAGAUUUUCCUAUCUUGUAUUGAUUCCUUCAAGGUUUAUGCUCAGUUUAUACUCCAGUGAAUUAUGAUUCGUUGUGUAUGCUUUGAUGUCCCUCCAAAUUUCAUAGUGGUCAUUUAUGCUAUAACCUUUCUUUUUUCAUGGAUCUGAAGAGUUACUGAUGUUCAGUUCAUAUUUUUGCUUGUUAGGAUAAGGUAAGGACUUCAAAGUUCCUUGCAUGUAUAAGACAUUGAAUCUUAUUUUUGUUGCUGAUAAAUGUAUUUAUAAAUAAAAGUCUUCUUGGUUAUUUCAAUGAAGAUUAGCAAGGGAGAAAAUGGAGGGGUAGAACUACAUCAUAACCUGUAGAUCUGCCUACUGCUUUGAGGCUUAAUGACAGACUUUCUGUGAUUUUUGUUUGCUGCCUAACUUUUGGUUGGAUUUGGCUACCAGAAGAGUUUCUUACAUAAUUAUUUACUUCUUUUUGGACAACAUAAAAUUACAGACAUCUUCAGAUAGUAAAUAGAUAGUACUUGUCUCCAGGCUUCUUUUUUAUUGUUUAACCCUAGGUGGUUUUGUCCUAAUCAUAGUUGAGCAUCUGAAGUAACUAUAUCUUACUGUGUUUUAGGGGAUGGACUUCAAUGGAAUAACCUUUCUUCACCAGUGACCCCAGGAGAUACCUUCACUUUGGCCCAUGUUUUCGGAAUGCUUUUAUUUGAUGCUUGUUUGUAUGGCCUUGUGGCCUGGUAUGUCGAGGCUGUAUUUCCAGGGGAGUAUGGUGUGCCUAAGCCAUGGUAUUUCUUUGUUCAGACAUCCUACUGGUUUGGGAAUCCAGUCAAAAAGAUGGAAGAAGAUAAUGAACUUUCAAGUUUUGUGGAAAAUGAAUAUUUUGAAGCUGAACCUGUUGGUUUGGUGGCUGGUAUCCAGAUCCACCAUUUACGUAAGGAAUUCAAAUUACAUAAGACUACCUUUGUAGCAAUAAAAGACUUGACUUUGAAUUUUUAUGAGGGCCAGAUCACUGUUCUUCUAGGACCUAAUGGAGCAGGAAAGACUACUACAUUAUCCAUUCUCACAGGUUUCUAUCUUCCUACCAGAGGAAAAAUCUAUAUUAGUGGAUAUGACAUCUCAAAAGACAUGGUUCAAGUCAGGAAAAACUUGGGCUUGUGUCCCCAGUAUGACCUAUUGUUUCCAAAUAUGACAGUGUCAGAACAUCUUCUUUUCUACUGUGUGAUAAAAGGAGUACCUCCACAGAGGCGUUCUGUAGAAAUUAACAAAAUGCUGACUUCUUUUGGCCUGCUACACAAACGUGAUGAAUUUUCAAAGUCUCUCAGUGGAGGAAUGAAACGCAAACUCUCUAUUAUUAUUGCACUUAUAGGGGGCUCCAAGGUAGUGAUACUUGAUGAGCCAACAUCUGGCAUGGAUCCAGUCUCAAGGAGAAGCACCUGGAAUGUCCUUCAGCAGUUUAAAGAGGAUCGAACCAUCUUACUGACCACUCAUCACAUGGAUGAAGCUGAUGUCCUGGGUGACCGCAUUGCCAUCAUGGUCAAAGGGACCCUGCAGUGUUGUGGCUCCUCCAUUUUCCUGAAAAAAAGAUAUGGUGUGGGAUACCACUUAGUCAUAGUGAAAAAACUUGAUUGUGAUGUUAAGAGAGUCUCCAACUUGAUUAUUUAUUAUGUACCAACUGCCAGUUUGGAGAAUGAUGUUGCAGCUGAAUUAUCAUUUCUACUACCGAAAGAAUAUACACACAGAUUUGAAGCACUCUUUGCUGAGCUGGAAGAACGUCAGGAAGAGUUGGGCAUUGCUGCCUUUGGUGUCUCUAUGACUACCUUGGAAGAAGUUUUCUUUGCGUAAGUGAUUAUGCAUGAGGAAGGCAGAGGAAAACCUCCUCUUUUAAUAUAUAUUUCAGUUGGAAAGCAGUUCUCAUUUUGUAUAAUGCUGGAGUAAUGUAGAAAUCAUAGUAGAUUUCUGGCUAUGCUAGUCUGUUAAUGCCAGGUGGAUUCCCUUAUGUACCUCACUCCACUAGUGCUGUGAUGCUGCACCAGUGAAUUGUGGAACUUAUGUGAGAGCAGCAGAUCAGAGAUCAGGGACACAGGACACUCAGUGUUAAACCUGAGGCUAUGCGACUGCAUAAAGAUUGACUGCUUUUAUUGAAUACCCAGGCAGGAGAGUAUUAGGAAAGACUGUGUGUCAGACUUUCUGGCUUGGAUUCAGGUGCCUGUGUCUUUCAAGGAUAGAGGAGUUAGGAUUGGCCUAGAUAGUAAAAUUACAUGGUCAUAGAAGUCUUGGAUUUAGCUGAAGGUUUUAUUAGGGAGAACUCUACAAUCUUGAUCUAAUCUUGGCACUGUAACCUACUUAACUUGUGUGUGGUUUGUAUUCUGAGAUUAACUUGUGUACUUCUCAUGCAGCUUGACAAGGCUAAUGCAAUGUGUCAGAGCACAGGGAAGAAUCACACAGAAUUGUGAUAGUCUUUUCAAUAUAAUUUAUUAUUCAAUAUUCAAUACCACUCAAUAUAUAUACAAUGCACGCAUCUAAAGGUCAAUACCACCUAAUAUGUCAUUAGUCCAUAGGUCAAAACACACAUCUAGGAGUAAGACAACUUCCAGAAAUAUCCAGCAGUAGUAAUAAGUAUAACACCUACAAAGCAUAAAAGCAUAACCAGUCUAAAUACUCAUGGCUAAGGUUGUAAUAUGAAUGCUGCAUUCUCAAGGUUCAUAUCACAGUCAUGAAAAGUCAAAGUCCAAAGUCCAGAGUCCGAAAUCUCUAUUACCACUUGGAGAGAUGGAUCUCAGAACAGUCACUUACAGGCAGGAGUGGUGGGAUGACUGCACUCUGGGCAGUAGGCUCGAAGUUCCAAAGUGGACAGCAAGGUGAACAGUUGGAGAGGUGACUGAUGAGAGGUCCAGUCCGGCUCCGAUGUCAGCUCGGGCAGCAGCUGGGAUGUUCAGGCGAGGUUGGCUCUAGCAGAGUGGUGAGCAGAGCUUCAGUCAGUGAAGACUUGGGCAGAGUUCCACGUGCACUGAGCCAUGGUCCCUGAGGGGAUGAAGAGCCAGGUGUGAAGCUUGCCUUUUUAUCCUCCUUCUGGGGUGGGUGGGUAGUGAAUGUGCCCUGAUGUGUCACCAAUCACAAGCUCAUCUUUUGGGAUGUCACCAACCAGAUGUUGGUGUCUGGGUGUGACCAAUGGUGUUUUAGGGGUCUUCUGGAUGUGGCCAAUCGUGGUGCAGUAGUGUAGGUAAAGUGUGGGGAGCAGCCCGGACUGGACUGAGUUACUGGAAUUAAGACUUAUUCUAUGCAUCUGCUCUCCCACAAUAUGGCGCUGGGAGAGAACUAAACAGCUUCCGCACAGCUGCCUCCAGUUCAACCAAUAAAUUGUAGGACUUGCUCCUGAUUGGAGAGUAGCGUACUCGGCGUGUGGGCAGCCGAGUUGGGAUUGGCGGAGGAGGACUAUAAAGGAGGAGAGAGACGGCAUGCACCGGGAAACAUCUAAGGGGAACAUCUAAGGGGAACACCUGUGCAGCCCCCGAGAAAGCCGGCCGGCGGUGUGCCGCUCCCCUGCGGAAGUGGGGAAUGUGGCCAGGGGGAACUGCCCUUCCACGGAGGUGGAAGGGAUAGUAGCCAACCCGGGAAGAACCAGCAGCAAACCCAGGGAGGGCCGAGCAGACGAGAGAACAGCGCAGGGUCCUGUGUCGUUCCUCCACGAAGAGGGGGAGCGACAUAAUGGUGCCGUGACUCAGAUAUGAAGCCU